CUCAUAUUGGUUACAUUCGUAUAGUCAAACUUUAUAUGAUUGGCAAGGCAACAUUUCAGUAACGGAGCGGCCUUCGAAUCUUAUCCACUGCUUUGUAAAGGAUUUCCUACUUAGCGGGGGCAAUUCCAUCCUAGUAGCAUUUAGAUCAUCAUUGUUUCGCAAAGUUUAAAGACCUAACGCCGGAACUUAUCUCCGGGUCGUAAAGCUUCACUGCUAUCCCCUAAUAUUAUAAUUCACAGCAUGGUUGAAGAAAAGUUCAAGGUUUUAACAUUUAAUUGCUGGGCCGUGUUUUUCCCGUCUUCGACUGUGAGAAAAGAAGACCGUGUCAAUGCGAUUGCCUCGAAGUUAUCAGUUGGGGAUUUCGAUGUGAUUUUACUUCAGGAGAUUUGGCUGGAAUCAGAUUACAGAAAGCUUCGAAACAUUUUGGACGAGAAGUAUCCGUACUCUAAUUACUUUUACUGCAACCUUAUAGGAACUGGUAUGUGCAUAUUUUCAAAAUGGACUAUAGAAUGUGUGUUCACACAUCCCUUUACUGCUAACGGAUAUCCUCAUCUUAUUCAUCAGGCUGAUUACUAUUGUGGUAAAGGUAUUGGGUUAGCUCGGAUCACAAGCAAAGAAGGAUUUAGGAUUAACUUUUAUGUAACUCACUUAAUUGCUCGUUAUGAAUUAGAUCGUAUGUUGGAUAAAUAUAAUGGACAUCGAAUAUCUCAAUUAGUUGAAGUAAUGGAAUUUGUUCGCAUGACAUCCACUGGUUCUGAUGCAAUUAUAAUUACUGGAGAUUUCAAUUUGGAAUCGAAUACUUCAGCUAUUGAAUUAUUUAGUACUUCAUUAAAAUUAUCUGAUGCAUGGCUUAAUAAUACUGUUGCUUUGAAGAAUACAAAUAUUACAGAUUUAGAGUCAGAAGGAUGUACGUGUGAUCGAGCUGAUAAUCCUUAUCGUAAUCAACUGUGGACAAAUACUUAUGGAAAUGGUGAAAGAUUAGAUUACAUAUUUUAUCGUUCUGGUCCAUCAAUAAUAUAUUCAUUUUAUAUACCAUCCUAUGCUAAACUUGUCUGUGAUUCGUGUUGGUUAGAUAUGCGUAAAGUACCUGACGACCCACAUGGUUUACAUUAUUCCGAUCACGAAGGUGUAGCCGCAAGCUUUACUAUUACAAGAUUACGCAAUCCCGUCAAACCAGAGGGUGAAACAAUGUCAACAAGUGAAUUAAAUCGAUUACGUGAUUUAUUAUUAGAUAUAGAUCAACAAUUAACUCGUGGUUUAAAUCAAUGUUUACAUGGUCGUUUAUUGCAUUUAACAUGGGCAAUAAUGAUUACAUUUUUAUUAGUUAUAUUAAUAUUUAUUUAUCCAAAUGAUAGAUUUACAUCAAUUAUAAAAUGUUUAUUUGAAAUAUUACUUGGUAUUAUAUUAUUCUCAUUAAUUUGGGGUUCAUUAAUUGGUAGAACUAUAGAAAAAUCCGGUUUACAAAAUGCUAAACAUUCUAUUUUAACAUUAACAUCACGAUUAGAUAAUUCAAACGAUUUUACAUUAAUUAAAUGAUAAUUAUAUAUGAAUAAUUUAAUUGAUAUUUUGUUAUUCAAUAUGACUAUGGUUAGUUUAUCUUUUUUUUUAAUCCCCCCCUCUCUUCCUUUGUGUUCCUUCUUUUUUCUCCUCUCUUCGUUUUUCAUUUUCUUCCAAAAUGAAUUUGUUUGGGUGAAAAAAUAUAUUAUCCAAAUUUUUUUAUAUCUUCAUAUACAUGUAUUCAUUCUUCCUCAAUUUAUCAAUCCAUUUUGAUUACAAUGAUGAUAUUAAGAUUGGUCAUUCAUCUCUCUCUUUCUCGCACACACACACAGACGUUUUUCUUGUUCUUCUUAUUUUGAUUAUAAAUAAUUAACGGAAAUGAUAAAUUAUUAUCGUACAUCUUUUAUACAAUCAUUCACAAUUGUUAAAUUGAACAGCGGCAAAAUUAUUGUAUUUGACACUGAUGUUUAUAUACUUUAAUUCUGUUUUGUUUUUUAAUACUUAACAUAUGUGUGUGUGUGUGUUUAUGUCCAAUAUAUGAAUGAAUGUUAUCGUCGUUGUAUCUUUUGUUUCUAUGUUGUGCAUGUAUACAGAAUUAUGUCUAGUUUAAAUAUAUUUAACAUACAUUAAUUAAUUUGUUAAUGAAAACUUAUAAUAUCCGAGUGUUUCUUCUUAUUUCAUGAGAAUGUAAUUAUAAUUCAUUGAAAAACAAUAAGUAAAUUAAGAUUAAUUUAACCUGAUAAAAUUCUUUCGGUUUUUUCCCCGAUUUCAUCAAUUGGUUAACAAAGAGAGUAGUUUUGUUUUUUUGUCGUCAUUGUUUUCAAAGUGAAAUAAUUCAUACCAUUAUUUGGAAGAAA